AUGUCGGAAACCAUCAUUCCUCAAGAAAUACUCUACACCUAUUUUCCUAAGACAAGUAAAAUACCUACCGAACGUGAUGAUAAAAGAAAUGAAACGCUGCUUGCACAAAUCAGGCAUCGUGUUGAACUUGUAAAGUUCUGGUCUAUUCCACCGGGAUCAAAAGUCCUCGAAAUAGGCUGUGGUCAGGGCGAUACAACAUUGGUACUUGCUGCACAAGUUGGGGAGAAUGGACAUGUUGAUGCUGUUGACCCUGGGGAUCCUGACUAUGGUAUUGAUAUGUUAUUUCUUUGCUACUCAUUAUUGUCCUUCUUCUUCUCCCCGUCCCCGCUCUAA